AUGGCCGAUGACAACAAGGAAUCAAAGUCUUCAGCAGUUGUCGACGACGAAGAACAAGGAAUUGACGACGAUGUAAUAAGCUGCCUUACGUGUUUCGGUGGACUUGAAGCGGUACUCGAUCGAGGGGUUUUCGAUGCUGUCGGUAACGCAAAGACAUGGAUGUUAUCAAGGGAGCCGUGCGCUGAGAGUGUCGGACUUGCUGUCAAGAAUCAAAUCCAAAUGGGUUAA